AUGUCCCAUUCGUGGUUGCAGCGCAAGCGCAAGGGCGAGCUUCUGGAGCUUGCUCAGAAGUCAAGGUUGGCGGAUGCUGAUGGUCUCUUGAAAGACGAUCUUGUGGAACUUUUGGGCGCGCAUCUGAACGCGAACGAGACUACAUAUGCCAAACAUCCGGAAUUUCGCGAUUACUACGGUCGUGCAGGAUCGCCUCUAAAGAGAGAGCGCUCUUCGCCCUCUGAGCCUGUAACUCUCACUAAAUCGCGUCGUCGAACGUUUGUGAAGGAACCUUCGGCGGAGUCCCCAGCCAUCGAGAAGAGUGCCCUCGUAACCCGUACACCGCGCGCGGUCUCUAGACGCGUCUCCCAAGUUUUAAAUGAAGUCGACAUUCCAGCAUCCCCAUCUCAGCUCGCCGAAGUCGCAGACCACUCUCUCCAAACAUUACAGAUAAAGGCUGCCCAGCUAUGGGAAAGAUCACGUAUCGACGAGCUGAAAGAGCUCAUACGCGAGAACGCAAGUUCAGUCGCCACCAUUCAGACCCUCAUUCUCUUGAUCGAGGCUGUUGGAUUACAGUGGAAUACACUCGAGACGACCCACAUCGUACAACUCUCAGAUAGCGCAACAAAGGCCACUGGGUACAGCUUUCUCGCGGUACCAGAAUUUACCAAACUCCUCACAGCCGAAUUCUGGGCUCCGGCAACACUCUGGUCCUUGACGAGCUGGGUGUUACCCCUCGUUUUUUCGUACUUCAUCAACCUCACACUUCGCACAAAUACCGAACGCAAAUCUUCAGAGCGCCAAUACACGACGGACCCCCUGGUAUUUCAUCUCGUCAAAGCCAUCUUGUCGUACAGUGCGUAUCGCUACCUCCAACCUACCGACAUAACGGCAAUUCCUGUCGGCGAGAUGCGCGUUCACACAGUGCCUGAAAGCUACGGCUGGGGCCCGUUUUCCGCAUCCAGUGUUGGCACAGUACGGAACAAUGUCCCUGGUGGAUACUAUGGCCUGCAGAUUGGGGCAGCUGUUGGCAUUCUGGUUAGCCUGUAUGAUGCUGUGUUGAAGAAGCGUUGGAAGUCUGGUUCUGGAGCGAAAUAUCGUUUUUCUACUAUCAUGUUGGAUGCCAUGGCACUGGCAUCGCUGCUAGCACUCGCGCAGUUUUAUCGUGGAGGAACUAUACUUGACUUUGCUAUUCCUGUCAUUUUUAUCCUCAAUCUGAAGAAUUAUGAACAUGACCGUUAA